AUGGUUGCCAUUGGCAAACAACGUCAAGAAGAUGUCUCUGACCCCAUGCUUGCUCGUCUCCUCGAAGACGAUCGUACCCCAUGGUACCGCAAGCGGAACCUUCGCACCCUGUAUUUGAUUCUAUUUCCUGCAUCGAUGGGCAUUGAGAUUACGUCUGGAUUUGAUUCGCAGAUUAUUAAUACGGUACAGAUCGUACCCUCGUGGAAUAAGUACUUUGGCUCACCAACCGGCAAGAUCAAACAGGGAAUCCCCGAAUAUGCGAUUGACCCUGCAUUGAAAGGAUUUCUUGGUGCCGCAUAUUCGCUCGGAGCGAUCUGUGCCUUGCCAUUCAUUCCCUGGGUAAAUCAGCGAUUUGGAAGACGAUGGACUAUCUUUUUUGGAUCGAUGAUUAGUUUAAUCGGUGCUUUGAUUCAGGGAUUUUCCAAUGGUGUGGCAAUGUAUAUCGUCGCCCGUCUUCUCCUUGGCUUCGGUAUCCCCUACUGCAUCGUAGCAGGCUCCGCAUUGAUCGGUGAACUGGGCUAUCCCAAAGAACGGCCUAUCCUAACUUCUCUUUUCAAUUCAUCCUAUUUCAUCGGCCAAAUCAUUGCAGCCUCAGUCGGACUAGGGACCGUGACUAUCGCCGGUAACUGGGCGUGGAGGAUUCCUUCAUUACUGCAGAUUGCACCGGCCAUGAUUCAGAUUGCUACUAUCUUCUUCCUGCCCGAAAGCCCCCGAUAUCUCAUUAGCAAAGAUCGCUACGAUGAAGCUCAGGCAAUCCUAGUCAAAUACCACGCUGAGGGUGACGCCAACUCUCUCUUCGUCAAAGCUGAACUGGCACAGAUAGAAAAAUCGAUCAAACUCGAGAUGGAAGAUUCCAAGCAGAGUUGGUUGGAUGUGUUCAAGACAGCUGGGAUGCGGAGGAGGUUGUUCAUUACGGCCUUUUUGGGACUGUUUACUCAAUGGAGUGGGAAUACUUUGAUUUCGUACUACUUGAGCGACUUACUCAAUCUCAUUGGCGUCACAGACAGCGUGACCAAAUCCAAAAUCAACAUCGGCAUCGCCUGCUGGGGUCUAGUCACCGGAACAACAGCUGCCCUGUUGGCACCACGAUUCAAACGAAGACCAACCUACCUCUUGUGUGCUUGUAGUUUAUUAGCCGUCUACGUAGCGUGGACGAUUUCUAUGGAGAGGUUCAUGGAUACAAAGAGCCAUGCUGCUGCCAUACUAACGAUUUUCUUCAUUUUUGCCUAUUCACCGGCUUAUAACAUUGGGUAUAAUGCUCUAACCUACACAUACCUCAUUGAAAUAUUUCCCUACUUCAGCCGUUCCCGCGGUAUCGCAUGGUUUCAAUUCUACGGCCGCGGCGCAAGUUUCUUUGCGACUUAUGUGAACCCAAUCGGACUGGCACGCAUUACCUGGAAAUGGCUGCUAGUGUAUUGCUGCUGGCUGGUAUUUGAGAUUAUUUUCAUUUACUUCUUUUUCCCGGAAACAGCAGGGAGGACUUUGGAAGAGCUUUCAUUCCUAUUCGAAGGAAAAGAAAAAGCGAAUGAAGUCGCAAAUGCGGCCGCGAAGCAGAUUUAUGAGGGCCCUGAUGAGAAGAAAGAUGUCGAUGCUGCGCAUGUAGAGGUUACGGAUGUGAAGAGAGAUGUGUGAUUCCAUGCUUGAAGUGUCAGAUGAUACGGGAUUUGGCUCUUUUUAGUUGCGUCUAGGUAGUUAUAUGAAUUUGACUGAACUAACGUAAUCGGGGUCUGAGAGGCGAGUCAGCGCUUUUAGUAGCAUGCAAUUAAUUCGGGGCUGAUCUUCACGUUCGUGGUUCGCG